AUGUCUGAAAAAAAACGACAGGCUCUUCGUAAUUUUUACAAUUUACCUAUUCGUACACCAUCUUCAUCGACCGUGUCAACAGCUAGAUCCAUAUCCAAUGGUAAUAACGUCCCUUUAAAAGAAGAAGCUAGUUUGAAAGAAAUAGAUCCUGUUUUUUCGAAUGCGGAUUUUGACCUAAAUGAUUAUCUGACCAGUAUUCAUCAGAAAUUGUCUCCUAACGAGCUUUUGCAACGCCAGAAACAGCUAGUAUCCUCUAUCCAAGAGCUUUCUGGUGACCACAAGUCUCUGGUUUAUAAUCAUUACACACAUUUGCUACAUGCUAGCUCCGCCAUUGAGUCGCUCUCGAAGGACCUGAACGAUUUGCUUCCCCAGCUCCAAACAUUUCAAGAAGAACAGAAUGACAACACGACCGUGACUCCUGAAAACUCUACGUCGUAA